UUUGGGUAGAGAGUGCAUCAGCAAAGGGAGCUCUGAAGGGGUUAAAUAAGGUCGGCUACAGUAUGUGCUCGAGCAUCCUCCUCCCUCCCCUUAAAAGAGAAAAGGAGUUUGUUUCACCUGGAGACCGUCCUGCCAGAGGGGGAGCAGAUGGAGUACAUUUGAUCACACUUCUUUCUUUUCAACGCCUGUACGUGGUUCACCAUGUGAUGAUAGCAGUUAUCUGAGUGGGACAUGGAUGACCAGGAUGGCUCCUGGUGGUCUCUGCGGGCGGCGGCAGCGGUCAACUCCAGCAGUGGGGAGGCCGCAGAGCACAGUUUGUCCGAGCGGACCCAGCUGGUCUUGGAGAUCCUCAUGGUGCUUAUGUGUUUGGGCGCUGUGACAGGCAAUAUUCUUGUCAUUGUUAUUGUGGCUGCAACCAAGACUUUCCACUCGGUGACGUCAGUGCUGAUCAUGAACUUGGCCAUCAGUGACCUCCUGGUGGGCGUCGGAGUGAUGCCUUUUGUUGCUUUGUCCAUCAUGAACCGUGGAUGGGUGGAUUAUGCUGACCUCUGUUUGUACGUGGGUUACACCUCCUCUGUGUACUGUACAGCUUCUGUACUGACGUUAGCUGCUAUUGCCCUUGACCGCUACUACUCCAUCAUAGACUGCCUGCGCUACAGCUCCCGCUGCACCCUGUGCAGGACAUGUGGCGUGGUCCUGUGGAUCUGGCUGCAGGCUCUGACAACCAGUUGCCCUCCCCUGUUGGGCUGGAGCUCUGUCAGCUAUGUGGGUCCCAUGUACAGUUGUGCGGUCAACUGGGCCAGCAGUCCCAGCUACUCUGCUUUCAUGGCUGCCCUCUCCUACCUCAUACCAGCAGUGGUCAUCCUGUUCUGCUACGUGAACAUCGUCAAGGUGGCCCGCAGCCAUGCCAGGAGGAUUCAUACAUUGGAGGACUCCGUCCAGCGCAGCAGAAAUCCACACUCCGCCUUCCCUCCUUGUGAUUCAUCUCGCCAGCACUGUGAGAGCCUCCACAGCCCCUCAACACUGAUCUACCAUGUAAGUGGACAGUUUGUGUCUGAGGUCAGUAGAGAAGAGGGGGAUUAUAUUAGUCCUGCUCUCCCUGGUUCUGCUACGGAGCAGAAUAAUCCUUCAUCCAGACGUAUGUUCUCCUUUCUGGCUCAAAGCGCCUCCCAGCCACCCCUGCAGAACUCUCAGCAGCAGAAUAACCACCAGGGACUGGUGCGUCUCUUCCUGGUCAUCUCAGCCUUCUUCCUCUGCUGGACACCUUACAUAGGUGUGGCCCUGAUUCAGGCCACGGAGACUGCAAUUUCAGGCCAGUCCAACCUUGUCCCACCUUCUGCUGUUACUUUUUCGUACUGGCUGGUGUUGCUGAACUCUGACAUCAAUCCACUACUGUACGCUCUGCUUAGCAAGCGUUUCCAGGGCGCUCUUCAGGGACUGAGGCAAAAAAUAAGAGCACGCCUGGGGAGUGUGGUGGGCAGGGGAGAGGAAGAUGACGGCAGGAGCAGCGACCCUUGCACUCUGACCACCACCCAUCCUGGUCUGCCUUUCAGCUCUGAGACUCCUCACUCCUCCUCCAUUUUUACUGUUAGCGCUGAUUUCAAACGUCAUUCUGAGGAUCUAUGCAAAGUGUGUCGCCAUGAAAACACCUCCCCAUCCUGCUCCAUGUGGCAAGAUGCUGCUGGUGACGACUGCCUGCAGGUCCCCACUCGGCCACAAGACAGCAGCAGACUACCUUUCUCUGCUCUGACCAGUGAGCAUCAUGCCACUUUCUUCUAUGGCCAGAUAACAGUGAGAGUAGAGCAUGAUGUGUGUUAAUCUGAUUUCUGCAGAUGCUGUUGCAAAAAAUUCUUACCUGUGGCAUUCAGACUUGGACUGCAACUAACAGUGAUUUACAUUAUCAAUUAAUCUAUCGGUAAUUUUCUCAAUUCAUUGAUAAAUCAUUUGGUCCAUAAAAUGUCCAUCACAAUUUCCCAAAGCCCAUGACAUAUUCAUUGUUUGCUAGCUUGUUUUGUCAUUGCAGCUGUAAAAAAUAAUAAUAACAUGGCAUAUUCAAAUGUCUUGUGUUGUCCGACCAACAGUCCAGGAUAUUCAGUUUACAGUUUCUCACAAGUGAGAAGCUGAAACAAGGAAAUGUUUACAUUUUUCCUUGAAAUGUGAUGAUUAACGGAUUAUCAAAAUAGCUGCAGAUUUAAUUAAAUUAAUUGCCUGUGGCCCUUUCCAGUGAUCAGUAAUUGCAAACCACGGCACUGCAACACUGAGGAGAAAACAAAUGUGGACAAAUGUAUUGAGAAAAGUCUUUUAUAUAGUACAUGUGAUUACACUUCAAGAUACCCAACAGUAGAUCUAAUAAACCCAUCAUUUAUUCACA